AUGACCAAAGAUGCGUGGGACAAGCUUAACAUGGUGUAUGAGGCAAAGAAUCAGAAUCAAAUCCUAAAUUUGCAGAGUCAGCUACACAACCUAGAGAUGAAAAAUGGAGAACGGUUGGAAUCCUUUCUCAAAAAAAUUGCAGAGUUGAGAGCCUCACUACAAGCAUUGGGUGAAAAGACUGAGGAUGAAAUUUUGGUUCCUAUUGUUCUAUGGGCACUACUGUCAACAUACAAGGUCUUUUUGACAACUUUGAAUGUCACUGAAAUGACCCAGACAUUCAAGAAGCUAGUAAAUAUUCUCCAAAAAGAAAAAUCUAUCAGCCAAGAACCUGAUCAGAAUGAUCAUGCCAUGACUACACGUCAUAAUGGCAAGAAGCCUAUGAAGCAGUUUAAUGGACCUCCCAUAUUUGGUAACUCAUCCAGACCUCCAAAGAAGUGUCUAGUUUGUGACAGAGUUGGACAUGAUGUGAAGAAUUGUUGGUACAACUCCUUCAACAAUGGAUCUUCCAACAAAACACAUCCAAUGAAGCCCUUUCAAGGUGGAAAAACAUAA